GCUCGCACGAGUGAGAAGGCUCGUGCUUCUCUGUAAAACAGGAAGUGGUUUCAAACGGUGGCGGGCAGUCGAGUGGCUCCUUCGUGAGUUUUGCCUGGCGGUUCAUGCCCUCUGGUUGCUAUGGAGAACGGCAACGGGCGGCCUUGUGCCCAGCUCGUUCUAGCAGGUGUUGUAGCAUACGUUGAUGUAUGGUCAUCCAGUAGAACAGAAAACUACUCAAAAGCUUUUACCCAACAACUUCUUGAUAUGGGAGCAAAAGUUUCCAAGACUUUCAGCAAACAAGUGACUCAUGUAAUCUUUAAAGAGGGACACUGGUCUACAUGGAAUAGAGCACAGAAGGCUGGGAUUAAACUAGUAUCUGUACUUUGGGUAGAUAAGUGCCGAGAAGUUGGAGCAAAAGUUGAUGAAUCAUUAUAUCCUGCAAUAAAUACUAAUGAAGGUUUGCCUCAACAAAUUAGAAAGCAUAAAUGCAUGCAACCCAGAGACUUCAUUGAAAAAACUCCAGAAAAUGAUUGGAGACUACAAAGAAAGCUGAAGACUAUGGCUAAAGAUUUGGAAUUACAGAAAGCAGCAACAGACAUGGAUAUACCAGUUUUACUAUUUGAAGAUGAUGGUUCACUAUUAUACAGCCCAGCAAGUAAAAUUAAAUAUGAGUGCAGUGCAAUGGAAAGAAGAAUAAAGGACAUGAAGGAGAAAAGAGAAAAUCUUUCCCCUACUGCUUCACAGAUGUCUCAGGUGUCUGCCUCUAGUUCUGUUCAAGCAACGCAAGAACCAGUUCUUGCUUCUACCAAUUCAACUUCGGCAUUAUCAGAAGAAGAGAGCAAUGACCCUUUAAACUCAAGCUUCAAUAACCUGUGGGGAAACGCUGCAUGCAAGAGUCUUAGAAAGGAAUCUUCCAAAUCUUCAUUGGAAAUUUCAGGUACUCCUGAUGUUUCUACAGCUGAUUUAGGAAGCUCCCCAAUCUUCACAGAUGACUGCAACCAUUUAAGUGGAAAACAAUCUAGUGGCAAACACUUACAAAAAAGUCUGAUUCAUACAAAAUUCUUGGAAAGGGAUUUUCUUAGCAAAAGGGCUGCAUCUGAAAUGCCUUCUCCACAAAAAAACAAUAGCAGGAAUGAUCAUCUUCCUCAUACAAAGAGUUUGGAUUAUGGAGGUUCUUUGGAAAAAUUGAUCCACAAGGAAACUGCUGAAAGUUCCAACAACCACUCACAUUCAGAAAUGAGCACUGAACACUUCACUGAUAUCCCUUCAGCUAAUCUAACUUUUUCCUCAUUGAAAAGUGAUUGUGCUUCUGGUAGCAAACAACAGGGACUUAAAAGGAGAUCAAGUAUUAAACUGAACACCUCAGCAUUAUGCAGAAGAGAGUCUCAGAAUGACUUUCUGGAAGCCAUGCUCACUCCUAUUAAGUCUACCAUAGAUCAGGAUUCUUCCUAUGAAGAUUACUUUUCAUCAUCUAAUUUAAAUAAAAGUAAAGCUAGCCUCCCUUUACCAAUCCUGCAGAAAUUGCAAAGUCCCAGUAGAGUUGUUUACAAAUUGAGCCCUUCACAAAGUAAGCAAGAGGCAGGGUUGCAAAAAUCCAGUACAAAGAAGAAAACUGUGAGCAGAAAGAGGAAAAAAAUGGCUGAGAAUAAUGAGAACAUCGCCAGAAGUGGCUGCAUGCAGUCUGUAUCUCAUAGUAAAGAGAGUGCAACUUUAAAUUGCAUGUUACAGGAUGAAAAAGCGAACAAUGUGGAAAGCCCAGACUGUCUUCUGAAUCUUAACAUUCAGCAAAAGAUGCACAUAACCAUUCCAAAUAGAUGCCAUCCUACAACUGGUAAGUUGCUACUACAGUGCGGACAAAACUACGACUAUCAGAUUAUGGGCAAAAAUAGGACUGAGAAAGCAUCUUCCAGUGAUAAGGCUAUUUCUACUUUCUUCCCUAAGCAACCCACAGGAAAAACCUCAGAGCCAGAUUCCUCAGACGACAAUAACAUGGCAACCAAAGAAGGGACCACGGGCCCAAUGUUCCCAUCUUCUCCUGAUCCAGAGCUGGCUUCUCUUCUGGCCUCAAUGGAGCUUCGUCUAAAAGAUACCAUGGCCGCUCUGAUAAAACCUCUGACUGAUCAAUUUUCCGAAUUUGAACAGGCACUUAACACAGUGCAUCAGACAGCUGAGGGAGCAAAGGAUCUUGGGCUUUCCUUAAAAUACUUUACAGAGACCUUUGGUGCUCUGCAUGAUUUUCAAGAUGGUGAACUUCUUAUUGGAGGAGACUUUAACCUCAUCAAUGACUAUGCUCUUGAUCGCUCACAUCAUUUUCCUCAUCAUUCUCGUCAUCAUCGACCUUUUGCACCUUCCAAGAUUUUGGACACUAUUAAAAACCUCAAGACAAAUCAGUCCACAGGCACAGAUGGCUAUUUGUUGGAAUUCUACAAGAAAUAUGCUUACUUCCUUGUCCAACCCUUAACUGAAGUCUGCAAUGAAGUACUCCAAACAGGUUCUCUACCUUCUACAUGGAAUGAAGCCUCAAUCAUUGUGUUGCCCAAAGCUGAAGAUGAAAAUAAAUUUUGCAUCUAUGAUAAAGAUUGCUCAUCAGAAGUUCUUCAUAAUAAAGUGCAUGAACCUAACGAAAAACUGAAAACCACUGGAAGAAUGAAAAAGCCACUGAGAACAUUAGUCAUGACAAGUAUGUCUUUUGAGCAGAAGAAUGCAGUUGUUCAGGUGGGAAAGAAAUUAGGAGGCUUUCUGUUUUCUAAUGAAGUGUGUGAAAAUACAAGCCAUGUGAUUGCAGGGAGUCCCCGUCGUACCUUAAAUGUACUUCUGGGAAUUGCUCGAGGUUGCUGGAUUGUCAGUUAUGAAUGGGUAUUGUGGUCUUUGGAAUAUGGCCGUUGGAUUUCAGAAGAACCAUAUGAACUUUCAGUGGAUUUCCCUGCAGCUCCUAUCUGUCGAGUUCAACAGCACCUAUCAAACAGAGAACGUCACCAGAAACUUUUUUCAGAUCAGCCUGUAAUGUUCGUCUCUCUUACUAGCCAGCCACCCUUUGAGAAACUCUGUGAACUAAUACAGCUUUGUGGAGGAAAAGUGUCCAAGACUCUCCGGCAGGCUGCAAUCUGCAUUGGCAAAUGCAAUGUUGGAAAGCAUGCAGAGAUACGAUGUUUAUCAGAAAAAUGGAUACUAGAUUCAGUUGUCCAGAAUAAAAUUUGCCCUCUUGAAAGUUAUAUAUUUCAGAAUGAGAAUUAGGAAUUAAACACACUCAUGCUUUAUUCUAUAAAUGUAAUGCCUUGAAACAUUUUAUAAAGCCAAGAAGAAUUAUUAAAAUAUACACAAAAAAACUCCAUGAACCAAGAAGGGAAAGGAGCCAGUAAGUCUGAGGCCCACAGUCAAUCUCUCAGUGCCUGCUUAAAAUAACAGUUGAACAAUCCCAAAAUUGUGAGUUUGAACAUCAUAGAGAUAAUUCUUUUGUAUUUGUUGGAUAUUGUACUGGACCACAAGUGAAUUCAUUUGAUCUUUAUGAAAUCAGCAUAUACUUUUUGAAAAUAUCUCAGAUGCUAGCAAAUAUUCUUGUUUUUUUAUUUUAUUUUUUAAUACCUAGCCUUUAAUAUGAAAGGCCAAAGGAAGGCUUAACUGCAAAUGAUGAACGGGCAGCCACAUGAAUCCCUUGAUUAGUAGGCAAUAUACCAAUGACUGGAAUAGAAAUAUUUUAAUAACAAGUGACAUGUGAAUAUAUUCCUGGUAAACAGUGGAAUAUGAUUUGUACAAUGAUAUUGUUAAAGUUUGUGUACUUUCUAGUCUUCUCAUAAAUGUUUUACACACAGAAAACUGUCAUCACUAAUUUAUGUAACCUAACAUUCCAAAUUGGCUUUCUCAUAAAUUCUCUUGAAAUAAAUUUCAAGUUGUGUAUAAUGCAGCCUCUUGGGAUAGCAGCUGGUUUUUAUUAGCCACAUAUGUAAGAGAUUUUACAGUGAAAGACUAAUAAAGACCUCUACAAGGU